UCCUCCACCGUGGUGAUGGGCAUCGACCCGGAGCCACGAAGAAAGUCAGCCAGGAAGAACAGGGGAAGAUGAAGAAAGGAGAAUCGGAAGAGGAAGGAGAUUCGAAAGAAGCAGAAGAAGAAUGCGCAAUGGCACGAGAAGAAGAAGAAGAAGAAGAAGAAGCAGAAGCAGCAGCUGCAAGAUUGCGCCCUUGAUGCUGAAGGAGUUCAGAAUCAGGCCCCCACACCUACCACCCCAACCCCAAUCUGCCUCCAUCAUCACGCGCCGCCUACGAAUGCCGCACACGCUUGCUGCUGCUGCUCGUGCACCAUGCUUGCUGCGAGCGGCAAUCUGUUCUAGGGUCGUGGCGUAUCCAGUGCAGCAGCAGGCAGUUGGCGUGCGUGUAGUCAUGUAUGCCAGCUUCUGAGCCGGAGCAGGAAGGGUUUGGAGGCAUAAUUUGAGGGGUUGCGAAGCGUGUUGCAUUUUGAGAUAUUGUGAGGAAUUUGGGUGGAGAGGAGGGGUUGCUGAGAUAGAUUAGUUGUGGGUUUCCCUCCUCGGCCCUGAGUUUGCAUCCAUGGAGAUCGCCGUGGCGGGGCGGGCUACCCGAGUUAGGCCGCCUCGCCCAGCGCCUGAAACCAACGGGCUUUCUAGCAGCAGCCAAAGUGUGAGCCAUAGUGGAAGUAGUGGGUGGGUUGCGGCGUCGCUUAUUGAAUCUAACGUGUGGAGUACGCCGCCGACGCCAUUGAUGGACCUCAGUACGCCUGUUCCUCGCACCCGCUCCAUUCAGGUUCCACAUGUGCGGCAGCUUUGCAACUGGGACUGCGGGUUGGCAUGUGUCUUGAUGGUGUUGAAAUUCUUGGGUAUUCAGGGCUGUGAUCUCAAAUAUUUGAGCCAACUGUGUCAAACCACGAGCAUAUGGACAGUGGACCUAGCUCACUUGUUGCGGCAUUUUAAGGUUGAUGUGGCGUUUCUAACUGUCACAAUCGGAGCCAAUCCUAGUUUUGCAGUUGAAACCUUUUACCAAGGAAAUAUGGAAGAAGAUGGUGAGCGCGUCAAUAUGCUUUUUGCGAAGGCUCCCCAAGUUGGCAUCCGAGUGCAGUGGAGAUCAAUAACCGGUGAAGAACUUUCACUGAUGAUUUUGUCCGGUGGAUUUUUGGCCAUUGCUUUAGUUGACAAGCGCAAGCUUAGUCACCCAUGGUUGGACGAGCUUUGCCUUGCUGACUGCUGUGGUCUCAACACAGGAUACACCGGUCAUUACGUUGUGAUAUGUGGAUAUGACAUGGAUGCGGAUGAGUUUGAAAUACGAGAUCCAGCAAGCGGCAGCACGAGUGAGCGAAUUUCAUUGGAUGCACUAGAUGAAGCUCGCAAAGCCUUUGGCACAGACGAAGAUAUUCUUUUGAUAUCACUCAACAAGCCUGAGCGAGAUUCUCAUGCAGCAGCAGGGAAGCUUUCCGUGAAUUGUUCCGAGAAAAUCUUGUAGCAUUCGUAAAAAUCUGGAUCUGCAAUGUAGAAAGUCUAAUAACUCCCAAUUCCCUCAAUAGAGCUGUAUUUCAUCCAUGUAUUUUAUUUUUCCUCAAAAUAGAGUACGUUUUGAAAGGUCUUUGGUUGUUGGUAAUGUACGAUUAAACUUAAACCGUAACACAAAUGGGCAAUUAAAACGAAAGACAACGAUUUA